UGUCCAGGGAGGCUGAGGCGAGAGGUAGCUGUCCGGGUGGGGAGCCCGCACUACCGUCUUCCUCUUCCUCCUUCGGGUGAGGGGAACGAAGGUUGGGGUCCCCGAGCCCAUGGACCAGGAGGAGGCGGAGGCCGCCGAGAGCCGGGGCCCCGGUAUGUGGCCCUGAGCCCCGUGUACUGGUUCUGCGUGUCUGGAAGGCCAUGGAGAAGAGGCUGGGAGUCAAGCCAAGACCUGCUUCCUGGAUUUUAUCAGGAUAUUAUUGGCAGACAUCUGCGAAGUGGUUGAGAAGCCUGUACCUGUUUUAUACUUGCUUUUGCUUCAGUGUUCUGUGGUUGUCAACAGAUGCCAGUGAGAGCAGGUGCCAGCAGGGGAAGACACAAUUUGGAGUUGGCCUGAGAUCUGGGGGAGAAAAUCACCUCUGGCUUCUUGAAGGAACCCCCUCUCUCCAGUCAUGUUGGGCUGCCUGCUGCCAGGACUCUGCCUGCCAUGCCUUUUGGUGGCUAGAAGGGAUGUGCAUUCAGGCAGACUGCAGCAGGCCCCAGAGCUGCCGGGCUUUUAGGACACACUCUUCCAAUUCCAUACUGGCGUUUUUAAAAAAAUUCCAAACUGCAGAUGAUUUGGGCUUUCUACCUGAAGAUGAUGUACCGCAUCUUCUGGGGCUAGGUUGGAACUGGGCAUCUUGGAGGCAGAGCCCACCCAGAACUGCACUCAGACCUGCUGUAUCUUCCAGUGACCAGCAGAGCUUAAUCAGGAAGCUUCGGAAGAGAGGUAGUCCCAGUGAAGUAGUUACACCUGUAGUGACACAGCAUUCUAAAGUGAAUGACUCCAGUGAACUAGGUGGUCUGACUACCAGUGGCUCUGCAGAGGUCUACAAGGCGGUUACAGUUUCCAGUCUCUUAACCACAGACCUGACUGCAGAGCUGUCUGGUGGGCCAAAGAACAUAUCAGUGCAACCUGAAAUAUCAGAGGGUCUUCCUUCUAUGCCCAGCACUCAGCAAGUAAAAAUUUCUGAGAAAAUUCAGAUUGCUAUCCCUCAGCCAGUGGCUCCCUCCUACAGUUAUGCUACCCCUACCCCCCAGGCCUCUUUCCAGAGCACCUCAGCACCAUACCCAGUUAUAAAGGAACUGGUGGUAUCUGCUGGAGAGAGUGUCCAGAUAACCCUACCUAAGAAUGAAGUUCAGUUAAAUGCAUAUGUUCUACAAGAACCACUUAAAGGAGAAACCUACACCUACGACUGGCAGCUGAUUACUCAUCCUAAAGACUACAGUGGAGAAAUGGAAGGGAAAUACUCUCAGAUCCUCAAACUAUCGAAGCUCACUCCAGGACUGUAUGAAUUUAAAGUGAUUGUAGAGGGUCAAAAUGCCCAUGGGGAAGGCUAUGUGAACGUGACGGUCAAGCCAGAGCCCCGUAAGAAUCGGCCCCCCAUUGCUAUUGUGUCACCUCAGUUCCAGGAGAUCUCUUUGCCAACCACUUCUACAGUCAUUGAUGGCAGUCAAAGCAUUGAUGAUGAUAAAAUCGUUCAGUACCAUUGGGAAGAACUUAAAGGGCCUCUGAGAGAAGAGAAGAUUUCUGAAGAUACGGCAAUAUUAAAACUAAGUAAACUCGUCCCUGGGAACUACACUUUCAGCUUGACUGUAGUAGACUCUGAUGGAGCUACCAACUCUACUACUGCAAACCUGACAGUGAACAAAGCUGUGGAUUACCCCCCUGUGGCCAACGCAGGCCCCAACCAAGUGAUCACCCUGCCCCAAAACUCCAUCACCCUCUUUGGGAACCAGAGCACUGAUGAUCAUGGCAUCACCAGCUAUGAGUGGUCACUCAGCCCAAGCAGCAAAGGGAAAGUGGUGGAAAUGCAGGGUGUUAGAACACCAAUAUUACAGCUCUCUGCAAUGCAAGAGGGAGACUACACUUACCAACUCACAGUGACUGACACAAUAGGACAGCAGGCCACUGCUCAAGUGACUGUUAUUGUGCAGCCUGAAAAUAACAAGCCUCCUCAGGCAGAUGCAGGCCCAGAUAAAGAGCUGACCCUUCCUGUGGAUAGCACAACCCUGGACGGCAGCAAAAGCUCAGAUGACCAGAAAAUUAUCUCAUAUCUCUGGGAAAAAACACAGUUAGAAAUAAACAAGCCACCUAUAGCCAAGAUAACUGGAAAUGUGGUGGUUACCUUACCCACGAGCACAGCAGAGCUGGACGGCUCUAAGUCCUCAGAUGACAAGGGAAUAAUAAGCUACCUCUGGACUCGAGAUGAGGGGAGCCCAGCAGCAGGGGAGGUGUUAAAUCACUCUGACCAUCACCCUAUCCUUUUUCUUUCAAACCUGGUUGAGGGAACCUACACGUUUCACCUGAAAGUGACCGAUGCAAAGGGUGAGAGUGACACAGACCGGACCACUGUGGAGGUGAAACCUGAUCCCAGGAAAAACAACCUGGUGGAGAUCAUCUUGGAUAUCAACGUCAGUCAGCUAACUGAGAGGCUGAAGGGGAUGUUCAUCCGCCAGAUUGGGGUCCUCCUGGGGGUGCUGGAUUCCGACAUCAUUGUGCAAAAGAUUCAGCCGUACACGGAGCAGAGCACCAAAAUGAUAUUUUUUGUUCAAAACGAGCCUCCUCACCAGAUCUUCAAAGGCCAUGAGGUGGCAGCGAUGCUCAAGAGUGAGCUGCGGAAGCAAAAGGCAGACUUUUUGAUAUUCAGAGCCCUGGAAAUCAACACUGUCACAUGUCAGCUGAACUGUUCUGACCAUGGCCACUGUGACUCCUUUACCAAACGCUGUAUCUGUGACCCUUUUUGGAUGGAGAAUUUUAUCAAGGUGCAGCUGAGGGAUGGAGACAGUAACUGUGAGUGGAGCGUGUUAUAUGUUAUCAUUGCUACCUUUGUCAUUGUUGUUGCCUUGGGAAUCCUGUCUUGGACUGUGAUCUGUUGUUGUAAGAGGCAAAAAGGAAAACCCAAGAGGAAAAGCAAGUACAAGAUCCUGGAUGCCACGGAUCAAGAAAGCCUGGAACUGAAGCCAACCUCCCGAGCAGGCAUCAAACAGAAAGGCUUGGUGCUAAGUAGCAGCCUGAUGCACUCCGAGUCAGAGCUGGACAGUGACGACGCCAUCUUUACAUGGCCAGACCGAGAGAAGGGCAAACUCCUACACGGCCAGAAUGGCUCUGUACCCAACGGGCAGACCCCACUGAAGGCUCGGAGCCCACGGGAGGAGAUCCUGUAGCCACCUGGUCUGUCUCCUCAGGGCAGGGCCCCGCACACUGCCAGGCCGGUCCUCCUACCUCCUGAGUCUGCGGGCAGCUGCUGUCCCAGCAUCCGCUGAUCAUUUGGCCCUGACAGCCCCAACCAGAACUGCUGGGACUUGAAUCCAGAGACGUCCUCCAGGAACCCCUGAACGAAGCUGUGAAUGAAGAGGUUUCCUCUUUAAACCUGUCUGGUGGGCCCUCAGAUAUCCUCACCUCAGGGCCUCAUUUUUUUGCAAACUCCUUCCCUCCCCCAAGGGCAGACCCAGCCAGCUCCUAGCCUCUGCAGCUCCCCAGUGGGCAGGGUCACUGUGCCUAGAGUGCUGCAGGGCGAGGCCUGCCCUGCUGCCCACACGCCUAGGUGCAAAACCAAGCACUACCAGCCUCCUGGCUCCGGAGAGCCUGACUGUGGGCAUGUUGUUUGUUCCCUUCUCUAGGGCAGAGUACGCCCUCUCCUAGGCUAGGAGGAAGUGGCACCCCUCCCCUCACCAUAGAUGCUGGGAUGGUAGGUAGCAUAGAAAUGAUAUCUGGCCCCCCUUAGCACUGGAGCCCCACUCCCUUCUCCCACCUGACCUGAGAUUAGGGGAGGAUUGACUAUUUCAGAGGUGGCGAGUGGCCUCUCUUGCUGCCAGGGCUCUUGUCAGAGCAGCCAGGCUGGACAGACCGCCUCCCUCCUCUCCAUGUGACCAGUACCCGCUGCUUCAGGGCUCAGGCCCCCACUCCCUAUCCCCAGAGGAGAUAGCCCCACAGACUGGAAUGCUGUGGCAUGAGAGCGCAUGUGUGCGAUGGCCCCAACAUGGUCCCCUCUCUGUCCCUCCCUCCGUGUGUUUCUCUCUGUGUCCCUUGCAUGUGUGUGUGUUAGAAUGAGCGCGUGUGCAUCAACUCAUUGGACUCUUGGCUGCUUACAAGGCAACUUUGACUUGGAAAGACUUUCAGCUCUUUGGAACCAAGACUUCCUGGGUCCCUCUGGCCUUGGCCCUGUUCACCAUGGUUAUCUGGGUAUUGGGGAAUGGGAGCUUUGGGGGAGUGACUUUUUAAAGAGACACAAUUUCUACUGCACUACUGUCCAUUGUGGGAUGAUUAAACAUGCUAUUUAAUUGUGCAA